CUCUCUCUCUCUCCAAUUUUAAUCUUUUUUUUUUUCGUCGUUUCGUCAUGACACAUAUGCACAAAUUUUUGAAAACAAACCAAGUGUCUGUCAUUGGUGUUCCUUUCAAUGGAGGACAGCCACAUACGGGAGUUGAGCAAGGACCUGCUCGUCUGGUUGAGUUUGGACUCAUUGAACAAUUACAAGAGAUGGGUUAUCAAGUAGAGUAUGAGGCGAAUGCGAAAUUACAAGAAAAUCCUGAUGCUUUCCGUACAGUAUCCGCUGAAGAAGACAAGGAUCCAGUCGCCCACUUGAAGCAGCCCGCUUAUGUUUCAGCAGUAACCAAGCAUGUGUCUGAGCAGAUUCUGAAGAGUGCUCAGGAGGGUAAAUUUGUAUUGACAUUGGGUGGCGAUCAUUCUGUAGGAUUAAGUACCGUCUCUGGCGUGUUGGGAGCCUAUCCAGACGCUCGUCUUAUUUGGGUGGAUGCCCAUGCGGAUAUUAAUACACCUCAAUCCACUCCUUCCGGCAAUAUCCACGGCGUUCCUGUGAGCUUUUUGACGGGUAUUGCUACGGGCCAUCCUCAAUUUAGCUGGGUCAAACCGUUACUCAGAACCGAUCGUCUCGUCUACAUUGGUCUUCGCGAUAUUGACGCGCCCGAAAAAAAGAUUCUCCGUGAGCACAACAUCAAGGCCUUUUCCAUGCAUCAUGUCGAUAAGUAUGGCAUUGGUCAGGUCGUGGAGAUGGCACUCAAUUACGUCAAUCCCAACCGAGACCGUCCUCUUCAUUUGUCGUUUGAUGUGGAUGCCCUUGAUCCUUCCGUAGCUCCUAGUACAGGUACACCCGUCAGAGGAGGAUUGACGUUCCGUGAAGGACAUUAUAUCUGUGAAGCGUUGGCGGAAACCGGCUGUCUUGUCGCAGCCGAUAUUAUGGAAGUCAACCCUGCAUUAGAAGACACACAAUCUGUCUUUCAGACCAUUCAAGUGGGUUGUUCUUUGGCUCGUUGCUGUUUAGGAGAGACAUUGUUGUAAGAUGACUUUGUUUCUAAAAGACUCUCUUCCCUCCCCCCCUCUCUCUGAAAACUCUUAGAUUGCUUUUUUAACUUGCGCCCCCGCCUUUCUCAC